UCCAGUCCAGUGCUGGAGGUGCACAGAGCAGCCCCUCUCACUCAGCACUAGUGAGCUGCUGUGGAGAGCUGUGCAGUGUUGGACUGAGGAUGGAGGUUUACAACUUUUGGUCGCUGCACUGGAAUAUGGUAUCAGCGGUCGGCCUGCUGUUGCCCCACACUUCAGCGUGAUACGCUCCACAGCCACACAGCUCAGCAGGCAGAGCUUCACUCACUACAGACAAGGAACUCGGCGCUACAUCACCUCAGAAUGUUGAGAAGCUGGAGACCCUUCACACGCUUGUGAUCAGACACGCCGCGGCUCCGCCCCCGCGCUGACGUCACGGCAGCGCUGAUCUGAGGGCAAAGCUGCUUUAACUGCGGACAGAAAAGCCAGCGAUGGCUUCGCUCAGGCAGGAGCAGCGGUACGGUCUCUCCUGCGGAAGAGGCAACAAAGCCUGGCCCAACAGGACGCUGUACCACGUCAAACUCACGGACACGGCCAUCCGAGCCCUGGAGGCUUUCCAGAACCACAAGGCGUCUUCACCCAGCGAGCCUUCGGUCUGCUUCAAAGGGAACCAGGGGUACAUUAAGAUCCCAGCUCCCUCAUCGGAGUCGGCGGCCGCUCUUCGUGUCUUCUCCUUCUACCUGUCCAGCGACAGCAAAGAUCAGCCUCAAGCCAGCUUCGACUGCAUCCACCAGUAUGUGGGAAGUAACGGACGCGAACAACUGGAAGGUCAAGGAAUCAUCCAGGACAAGAUCACCGUGUGCGCCACCGACGACUCAUACCAGAUGACCCGGGAGAGGAUGUCCCAGGUGGAAAAGGACAGCUGGAGCCGCUCGGCCAUUGAGAUCAAACCCGGAGCCACACAUCUAAGUAAAUGUGUGAAGUACCCCAAGAGGCCUGCUCCUCCCGCCGACUGCAGCUUCUCCAAGCAGAACCGACGCAGCGGCGGCACCAUGGUGCCGCUCCAGAAGCCUCUGAAGGAACGCAUCAUUCAUCUGCUGGCGCUCAAAGCUUACAGGAAACCAGAGCUGCUGCUGUGGCUGGAGCGAGAGCGCGUCGACCCCAAGGACAGGGUUGAACUGGGGGCCAUCCUGGAGGAGGUGGCGAAAGUGAGCUCCAAAGACAGCAGCUAUGUGUUGAAGGACGACUUCUACAAGCACGUUCGGCGAGACUGGCCAAACUACAGCGAGGAGGAGCGGCAGCUGGCCAGCCGUCUCUUGGCCCGAAAACUACAUCCACAAGUUCACACCCCGUCAAGAGUCCCUCCGCCCGCAGGACCCACACCAAAGUCCUGUGAAGAUCUCAAGAGUGCUGCAGCAAAACGUCCCGUGCCAAUCGACUCUCCGGAGACCGUGAAGAGACAGCGACUGAUCGAGCCCCCGACCCGGCAGCAGCAGCUCGCACCCACAAACGAACAGUUAACAAGACACAGCAACGGGAACCUGAGGCGGACUUUGAACACCAAAACAGAGUUUCAGAGGACUAGCAGCCACACGAUGGGCAGUUCGACGGGCGGGCACAGUCCUCUGGUGCCGCCUGAGAAACUGUCCUUGCAGAGCAGAACGAGAGAGGAAAGCAUCUGCAGGCCUCCAGACGGCAGCCGCACAACGCUCGCCACCGUCCAGCACAGGAAGAAGCCCCAGAAGCACAAAGAGAAGGAGCGAGAGCACUUGAAAGAGGGCGGCUGGAGUCCGGAUCUGAAGACGAAACUGGACAAGUUGGACGGAGCCGACAUCACGUUCGACGUGGAGAAGAAGCCGGAUUAUGUCCUCAAGUACGACGCCAUCUCCAGCGUGGAGCAGCGACAGAGCUACCAGGAGGACUUCAGCGCCGAGUACGACGAGUACAAGGACCUCCACACUCGCAUCGCCACCAUCACGCACAUGUUCGUGCAGCUGGGCUCCAAAAUCAAGAGCCUGUCUCCGGGAUCCAAAGAACACAAGACCAUGGAGGAGCAGAUCUUGGAGAAGUACAACAAGUACAGGAAGAAGUUCCCUGGUUACCGGGAAGAGAAGAAGCGCUGUGAAUAUCUCCACGAGAAACUCUCCUACAUCAAGCAGCUCAUCACAGACUAUGACACGGCUCAGGCUUCAUCACACGGUUGAUGGAAGGGAGGACCUGUUCACCGUGACGCCCUGGGCAUCCCGCUCCUCUUCACUGGAGCUGCUUGGUUUGGGAUCGUGUUUGUCUCCACAGAGAGAGAUUCUGACAGUAUUAAUGAUUUGGUGGAUACGAGAACUGGCGGGCACUCUGGUUUCCUCUCACAGUCCACAAACAUCUGCAGGUCAACUGAUGACGCUGAAUUGUCUGUGGUUGUGUGUGUGUCCUGGUGAUGGGUCGAUGACGCUUCACGAAACUGAAUUCAGGGUUGAUGAAAUUCUGUCCUAAUUUUCAGAAGCCACUAGAUGGCGCUCUUAGCUUAGGUAUAAUGUAAGGGUUCAGUGAAUGAAAGCUUACAGCAGACAGUGCCAUCUGGUGGCCACAGAAAGUCAGGACACUGUCAUGAAACCUCAGCCCUUCAGUGGUGCGUCGUCCUGUGGUGGACUGGUGACCUGUGCAGGGUGUCCCCUGCCUCCCGCCCAGUGUAGCUGGGACAGGCCCCUGGAACACGUGGAAGCGUUAAUACACACAAGUAAAACACACGUCAUUGUCCUGAGGCUUUUCUUCGUGCAGGUCACGCCCAAAUCUCUGACCUCAAAAACCCAGCAGCAAAACUGGCUCGUCCAGUUUCUCUGUGUCUAUUAAACUGCAUUUUUCUUUUGAGCAAUUAUUAGCUUGCCACCUGACAUCAUCAUUUCUGACAGAGUUAUGGGUUGGUAAAUAUGUACACUAAAUUAAAAUAUUUAUUCGAGAAACAAUUAAUUUAAAAAGGGAAUUAAUUUAUUACAUAUAUCCAUAAAUCUAAUGAAACAGAAAAAGUCCUGCUGGAGGUCAGAGAUUUGUUAGUGACUUGGCACCGGUUCUGAAUGAUCCCAGUGUGUGACCCGUCGUCUGGCGAUGAAACGGAGGCUUUUAUCGCGUCUGAAUUCACCUCCAGGAUUCAAAUGAUUCCAGGCCUGGGUCAGUCGCUGACCUCGGUGAGGUGGAGGGUCGUUUCUCUGUACUGUUGUGAGGCGGAGUGAGUGACUGAUCAUGAAAACGUCAACGUUCCUGCGCCAUCUUCAGUCGAUGCUGUGGCCGAACAGAGGUGGCCGGUGCGACUCCCAGACUGGUUACUCCAGUUCAGUUCUGACGCUUCCUCGGAGGGCAGAACCUUCACGUGCUGCCUGAUGCAUCAUCCCUCACUUCACAAUGUUAUGGCUGUGGGGCGCGUGUAUAUAUGGUUUGUCUACAGUGAUGCGCUGUACCACUCCAACAGCAGGGAGGUUUGCAAGUGUGGCAUCCUCCUGCUGACUGCAAAAUUCCAAAGAAUAAACAUG